ACCUACAGGACUUUUUCCCUUCACGCCGAAAUGUCUGUAGAAAAGUGGUGGCCAGCUCCCCACACUCUAGCUGUCAUCUGAGCAGAGGACGCUUUCGCGGGAAAACGUAAUUCGGAAAAAAAAUCAAAUGGUCUCUCGCGGUUUUUGGCAAAGCGCGCUCUGCUCGGAAGUGACGCACACCGCACCCGGAAGCGAACGACACCAGCGCGGUGAGUGUUUCGUGUGGAGGACUGCGGAGCGUCUUCGGGUCAUGGGCCCGCGAAGCCGCGAGCGCCGGGCGGGAACCGUGCAGAGCACCAACGACAGCAGCGCCCUCAGCAAGCGAUCGCUGGCCGCACACGGAUACGUGCGCGACGCCUUCGCGGCGCUGCUGGUCCCGGGACCCGUGCGGCGCACGCCGCUGAUCCACCGCGGCUAUUACGUGCGCGCGCGCGCCGUGCGUCACUGCGUGCGCGCCUUCCUCCAGCGCACUGGAUCGCUCCCGGCCCCGACCCGGGCUCAGAUUCUGUCUUUGGGUGCAGGUUCCGACUCGCUGUACUUUCGCCUGAAGGCUACGGACCUCCUGGCCCGGACUGCCGUUUGGGAGGUGGACUUCCCGGACGUGUCUCGGAGCAAGGCGGAGAGGAUCAGGGAGAUCCCGGAGCUGUGCUCGCUGACCGGCCCUUUCCAGCUCGGGGACUCGUCCUCCGCUCUGUGCUUCGAGAGCUCGGACUACCGCAUCCUGGGCGCGGACCUGCGUGAGCUCCCGCAGUUAGAUGAGGCCCUGGACUGCGCGGGCCUGGACGCCACCGCACCCACGCUGCUCCUGGCCGAGGCGGUGCUCACCUACCUGGAGCCCGUCGAGGCCGCUGCCCUCAUCGCCUGGGCCGCGCAGCGUUUUCCCGACGCCCUUUUCGUAAUCUAUGAGCAGAUGAAGCCGCGAGACGCCUUUGGGCAAAUCAUGCUGCAGCACUUUCGGCGACUGCACUCUCCCCUGCACGGCCUGGAGCUCUUUCCCGACGUGGAGGCCCAGGUACGGCGCUUCCUUCAAGCUGGCUGGACUGCCUGCAGCGCCCUGGACCUGAACGAGUUCUACCGCCGCCUUCUCCCCGCAGACGAGCGUUGGCGGGUCGAGACGCUCGAGCCCUUUGAUGAGUUUGAGGAGUGGCAUCUGAAGUGUGCCCACUAUUUCAUCCUGGCAGCAUCUAGGGGAGACAUGCUAUCGGGAACUCCGGUGUUGCCACCCCCAGAGGCAUCUUUUUGGGUAGAUCCUGCUUUGCCUUCAGGUUUUCUUUCUGCCAGAGCAGUCACUAGUGACCAGCACUUCAGCCUGAAGAGAUAUGGCCACGCCACUGUCCUCUUGAGCCCUGACAUUAUUUUCAGUGCAGGAGGCUUUGGAGAAGAAGAGGGACGACACUGCCGAGUGAGCACGUUUCAUUUGCUCUGGAGAUCCCGUGACUCUGAAUGGAAAAGCAGCCAAAUAAGUACUUUGGGGACUGGAGGCCAGUGGGAUGGACGCCUUUAUCACACCAUGACAAGGCUUUCAGAUACUCAGAUUCUGGUUCUUGGAGGGAGACUGUCCCCAGUUACUCCAGCUUCCGGGGCUCUCCAACUGGAAUUAAGCAGAAGUGAGGCUGAUUGCCCCGAGAGUCAGACUGUAACAGUAACAGAGGCUGCCGUGGAAGAAGGUCCCGUGUUGUCUUGUUGGCGGCAUUCAACAACGGAAGUAUACCACCGGAAUCAAAGAUACUUACUUGUGUAUGGUGGCCGAAGUGUGGUGGAACCUGUACUAAGUGACUGUCGUUUCCUACAUGUAGAGACAAUGGCUUGGGUCCCAAUCCAAGUAGAAGGAGCAGCCCCCGAGGGUCGGCAUUCCCAUAGUGCCUGCAGUUGGCAAGGAGGAGCGCUUAUCGCCGGAGGUCUUGGGGCUUCUGAAGAGCCAUUGAGCUCUGUAUUGUUUCUUAGACCAAAGCCCUCUGGAUUCCUCUGGGAAUCAAUAGAUAUCCAGCCCCCCAUUACCCCAAGAUACUCUCACACGGCUCAUGUAUUUCAUGGGAAGCUGCUUCUGGUUGGAGGGGUCUGGAUUCAUUCCUCCUCCGUUCCUGGAGUGACUGUUAUUGACUUGACUACAGGGUCGAGCUCUGAGUAUCAGCUCGACACGACAUCUGUGCCCUGGCCAGUCAUGCUGCACAGCCACAGCAGUGUCCUCCUCCCCGAAGAACAGCAGAUCCUGCUGACGGGAGGGGGAGGGAACUGCUUUUCCUUCGGCACUUAUUUCAACCCCCACACGGUGGCAUUAGAUCUUUCUUCCUUAAGUACAGGCCAAUAAAGACCGACUUUUGAUAGGUUCAGGACCCAAGAAUGAAUAUGAUUGUAAAUAUCGCCACAUACCCCAACAUACACCUUUCUUACCACACUAUUGAAUGUGAAAACAAGUGUUAAAUACCAACAAUAAGAUGGUACGGAAAUCAAACAGUUAAAGGAGUGUCCAUGCAUCCUAGGGGUCUCAGCUUCACGUGCCCAGUUUAUUGGGUUUCUACCGAUUUUCAAAUCUUAGCCGCUUACAACAACGACAACCCUUAGCCUAAGAAGUUUCUUAGAAGAUUGAAUAUGGAUCAGGAAUACAGUAUUGACCUGUUGCUUUGUCUGUAAAAUCGGAAAUGAGCACUGUAGUUUAAAGACUUAGUUUGAACACAAGACUGGCUUUAACCAUGGAAAGUACGACUUUAAAAUCGUGCUUUUCAUCACUUUAUUUUGCUAAUAUUUUGCAAGUGGUGAUAAACCGGACAUUUAAUUCCUUAGUCAGUUUUGUACCCGGUAUAAUGAAUGUCCCAGAUGUUACUCCGCCUCUCACUGUCAGCCAUCACUGUUCUGAGCCUGCAAGCCGCUUAGAUUGACAGACGGCAUCAGCCAGCUCUCUUCUAGUUUCUGGUUGAGGGGGAGCAGGAAGUGAGCCCCAGUAGUUGUGGCUCUUCCACAUUGACACGGUGGUGCUUUCUGUCGCAGUCAUAGCUGCUGUCUGUCAUCUGCACAGGAAGGCAGACACUGAUGCUGCAUUGCUUCAGGUCACAGGAAUUGUGCCUUUUCCUUAGCCUCUUCAGACCUAGGAGCUGUGUUGGCUCCUUGUCAGAGCCGAGCUGCCUUACCCAGUGUAGUGUACUAGUUACUUUCCUUCCUUUUGCAGUGAAGAAACACCAUGAGCAAGGCAGCUUGCAGAAGGAAGGUUUACUUGGGUUUUUUGGUUCCGGAGAUAAACGUCCAUCCCGGUCUGAUGUCUGGAUGCAGGGAUGCUGAGAAAGCACAUCCUCUACCAUCAGCGCAGAGCACAACCUGCAGAUAGGCCUCAGACAGUCCCCGCUGCCACCUCACCCAUCCCACCCCAAGUCCUUUAGCAAAGACGCACCUCAUAAACACCCCAAGUAGCGCCACCAUCUGGGGACCAAGUGUUCAAAUUCAUUAGU